UUAUAUUACGUGUGUGAAACUCUAGUGUUAUAAUAAUCCUUUUCUACUUUAGGCGCAGGGCCAGAAAAUUGCAGGGAACGAUUAGUCGAUUACAUCGAUCCCAGUGCUCAACGAGUGCUUAUUUUAUUUAAUCCCAUAGAAUGAAGGGCUAAGUCGACCUCCGCGAUAUGUGAACUAGGAACGUAAAGACGGACGAAAUGCCGCCUAGCAUUUUGCCCGGCGUACUAACGAAUCCGCCAGCUCGCCGCAUUUUACUGUGUUCGAGGUAACCCAUAGCACGACUUUUAUCAAAUUGUUUUCUAAGUGUAUAUUCAUUGUUUAUCGAGAGUAUACUGUUUUAUUUAUGGGAAAUUACGAUUCUGAAAAGGAAAAGAAAAAAGGCCAGAUUUUAAGGUUAGUUAAGAUUGAAGUAAGGUUAGGAUUUUGGGCACUGAAAAAAAAACUAGAAUUUGUUGGGGAAAAAAGUUACAGAAUCGUAAUCUUCAAUAUUUAAAGCAUAGAAAUCCGAAGAAAUUCUCUCUGGAAAAGAAAGUUACGGUGACUGAGUGUUUAUUACGCAACUCCAUCCAACUGCUUGUCGAGACGAUAGUUUAGAGCUAGAGUGGACAAAAAAUUCUAUAAAACUAUAUAUAGAAUUAUUCUAUGAAAAGUCGCUUCGAUAAAAUGUAAUUUAAUGGAAAUCAUUCGAUUAAAAAUCUGAUACACGAAGGAAAAGAGAGGGUUGCUCUAACUGCUAGAAACAGCAGUCAAAUCUACUUUACAUCACACCCUACAAGUUUAAGACGUGAUGGUCAUGUAUGUCAUGAAGUCAAAAAGAUUGAAAACCACUGGCCUAACACUAUUGGAAGUAGAAUAAGGCACCAACACUAUAUUCCCGUGCUACAAUUCUGAAAAGGAUUAAUAUAAAUUUGAUUUCUGAUCCCUAGAAUGGGUUCAUGGAAUGUCCUUUUCAGGAAUUCGUGUAUGUAAUCACAGUGGAGAAGAAGCUGCUGGGAUCAUCAGUGGAAUAUCAUGAACUCAAUAAUUUAUUCACUACUCCUUUUAACCUUUUCCUUGUGCCCUAUAAAAAGGUGCCUUUUAGCAGUAAUUGCAGAAUGUUAAAACAGCUGUGUUAUGUCUCCAUUCUCACCACACAACACAGACAGCCAGUUAAGACAAAUGGCCCAUUGUCGACAAGAAUUUUUUUUACCACAAAUAUACUACAAUUGUUUCCAGUUAUGAUGGGCCAGCCACAGAUUACUGUACCAGUAAGCUUGUCGUGAACUCCAAGUAGGAUGUCUCUCCAAGUGGUUGUGUUAUCAUUCUUGAAUACAGAUUCCAAAGUGCCAAAUUAUCAGCCUGACUCUUGGUGGAAAGCUCAUUUCAGUGCCGUGUCUGCUAUAAAUGAAAGUUACAGGUCAAACAGUCACAUUACAUAAUAUCAAAAGCACGACCACUACAUCUCUAAAGCACAACCAAGUAGUGACAACUAGACGUUUCAAGGGAAAUUUAUUCACGUUUACUAAGGAAAUCAAAAUAUGGCUCAACUCAUUGGAAGAGUUGCCAUAGUGACUGGUGCUAAUUGUGGUCUUGGAUUUGAAGUUGCUAAACGUCUGUGUUAUUUAGGCCAUGAUGUCAUAUUAGCAUGCCGCAGUGAAGAAAAAGGAAGAUGUGCUGUUGAAAACAUUUGUAAUGAUCAAAAUAAUGCCCUUGCAUCUUAUAUGAAUCUUGACCUGGCUGAUAUUUCUUCUAUACACAAAUUUGUGGACGAGUUUCAUGAAUCUGGAAAACCACUUGACCUCCUUAUUAACAAUGCUGCUGUUUUUGAUAAUUCUGGGGAAGAAAGGAAGCUUACAAAAGAUGGAUUUGAAUUAACCAUGGGAACAAAUCACUUAGGUCAUUUCUUACUUACUAUUCUUCUCUUAGAAGACUUAGAAAAUUCUGCUGCUCUGAAUGGUGAAUCUCGAAUAGUCAAUGUCACUUCUUUACUUCAUGACACUCAAAUCAAACAUAUGAAAGACAGAGCAAAACCCCUUGACAUGAACAACUUUUUUUUGGAAAAACCAAAUACUUACAAUGGUCUUCAAGCCUACAAAAACUCCAAACUUGCAAAUGUGAUUUUUACUUAUGAAUUAGCCGAAAGAAUUCGUAACAAGAACAUUACAGUAAACUGCUUAUGUCCAGGUUUUGUUCCUAAGACAAAUCUGGGUCGUGAUGUCAGUGGUGCCAAAAGAUUUUUUUUGAAUUAUGUUCUCUAUUACUUUUUACGCUAUUUGAACAUUGCUAAGACAGUUGAUGAAGGUGCUGAAGCUAUUAUGGAUUGUGCUGUUGGAGAAAAACUAAAAGGAGUAACUGGAAAAUUCUUCAGAAAUCGUGAAGAAGCACAGUCAUCUCUGGAAUCUAUGGAUAAAUCCCUGAGAACUGAAUUAUGGGAUGCAAGUGUGCUUUAUUGCUAUUUAGAGGGUAAAGUUCCACUUCCCGUUGCAGGACUGAAAUUUUCUGAUAAUCUUCCUGUCAAGAUCUCAGUAACGCCUUCACCUGAUGAGGAAACUCCAGAUCUGGGAAUAAAGUCUUCUCCAAAAAAUCAUUCUAAACUGGAGGCAUGAAUAUCUGCAUUAAAAGCCACAAGUUGUUGUUUAUAAUACCAUGUAACCCUACCCUGAUAUGUAAUUGUACAUAUUUACAAGUUUGGUUUUAGUCCCUUUUUUUAUUUUUUACAGGAAAUAAUUCUUUAUUACUAUAUAUAGCUUUAUUUUUUGGAAAAAUAUAUCAUCUUUUACACAUAUUGGUACAUUUCUUUUUAGCGUUCUUUAUUGAUUUUUAUUUUGUUUAACUUUAUUUCUGGGAUAGAGAACUCAGGUAAUUCCUCCUUUUUUUUAAUGUGAGAACCUUUAAUGGUAACUAGAGAGUUCUCUGUUUAUUAUUCUUUUCUCUAAAGAUAUUGUUAAGAUAGUUAUUUUUGAGAAAUUAUUUUGACUGUUGACAAUUUUGAUGUUUUCAUAGAUUCUUGUCUGUGAUGUGAUUCAGUUCUAUUUUCUUUCCUUUAUAUACUGCAAUUUUCCCAUAUAAUAGAUUUAAUCUAUUGCCCACUUUCAUGCAACAACUUGGUGUCUAUAUGCUUUGUUACAAGCAUUCAGACUAAAUUUCUGGUCUGAGAUCAGAUAUCUAAACCUUCCUCCUUAUUCCUCCAUCAGUUCCAGAUGCCUUGUUGAUAGUUCAUGGGUUCUGCUAUUCCUCCUUUGACUAAACCUUUUAGCAGGUCUAUCAUUAACAAAAUGACCUCUGCAGUACUAUUCGAAACUUGUUGACAUUCUAUUCAACAUAAAAUUUCUAUGUUAUUUACAGAAGAUUGGGAAUAUAAAUACCUUGUAACUCACUGGGAUUUGGGGCCCUGCUAAAAAUGUUAUUCUGAUGUAAUGUGUCCUAGCAAAGACCUCCAGUGCAUUCUGGCAAAAAACCUUCUACGUCCAAACUCAACCGGCAACAAUGCAAUGCACAUGCCGUAUGAUGGAUCUAUGCAAGAAUCAAAAGGUAACAGAGCCAAUUGCCAACUUAACUACAUCUUUAUGUUGCUAGCAUUUCAAAUCCUAAGAUCCUCACUAAACAACUAAUCACUUCUUCAUGUUAAUAAAUCUUCUGUUACUAAAACCAAAUAUCAGUCUAAUCCCACCUUUUAACUCGUUUGUUUUAAUACCAGUUUUCAUUAUAAUUUUUUUAAAAAAAAGCCGCAAAAAAGUAUUGUCUUUCUCUACAUUACUACUGAACAAAAUUCAUAAAAAUUUAUAUUUUCAUCAUCAUCAUCAUCAUCGUUUAACGUCCGCUUUCCAUGCUAGCAUGGGUUGGACGAUUUGACUGAGGACUGGUGAAACCGGAUGGCAACACCAGGCUCCAGUAAAAAAAUCCUUUUCUCCUUGAUCAAAGGGAAGAAAGAAAACCCCUUAAGGUAAAAGGAUGAAAGAAAAAAAAAUGUUUAAAAAUAUUUAUUUCUUAUUGACGUUGUCAUGGUGAUAGUGAUCCUCGUCAUAAUUACAUUUGUAAAUAUGUAAAACUAUUGAGAACUUAUUUUUACAAAAUUUACAUAAUUUUUCCCUAUAUACUCUCUAUAGUAUUUUAUAUUGUUUCAGUGAAUGUUUUUCAAAUUUUAUAUUAUUUUUGUAUUCUGUAUAAGUAUUUCCAACUUUUUUGUAUUUUUUUUUGUGAUACUAAUCCUAUUUAUAAAUUAACAAUUACCAUCUAACUUGUAUUUUACUGGUGUAAUCAACAUUUCUUUUAAGCUUUCACUGGAAAUGAAGAAACCUUUGAUUGCUUUAUAUCUUGUAUCAGAUUAUGAAAUAAUAAUACUGUGAUAGAAAGAAACCUGGAUAUUCUUAAUUAGUUUGUGGAAAUAAUAAGUGAAAUUACUGUUAAUUAGUGGAAUUAUGUCUAUGAAUCUAUGGAAAUGACUUCAGAAUGUCUGCUUGCUCAUCAAGACAGAAAAGAAAUAUUAAUGUUUAAAACAUUGUGUUGUUGUCUUGAAACAGCCUUGCAUUCAUAUUAUACCAAAUGGAACUGAUUCUUAUCCUUAGACAAGGUACCUGUCUUUCAUUACCUCUGCCUGCUUAGCUGUAGAGAGGCACCAUGCAUAGUUACAACACUUUGUUAUACUUAUGACUUAAAUGAAGUAAUUCUUUAUACAUACAAUGUUUAUUUUACACUGUUAUGUGUUAGUCAUUUUUAAGCCACCAGAAUUCUUUUUAAAGCUAGAUGAACUUAUCAUAGAUUACAAUAAAAAUAUAGUAAUAAACGAACAUUAUAUCCUGUUUCCAGCAGCUGAUCUGCCUUGAAAUAUCAAUCAAAAUACCCAUUGACAGCUACUACUUUAUAGUCUAGAGCAAUAAAUUCAUUGCCUGUAACUACAGUAAUACAUGGUUCAUAUAUUACACAUUUAAUAUACAACUAACAUUUACUUUGAGGAAAAGGUCGUAUGUUUUAUAUUGUUAUUCAUAGUUUCAUUAAGUAUGAAAUCAGUUUAUUUGAAAAUGUUAUUCUUGAAUGUUGUAGGCUGCCAAAUGGUAAAAUUAAAGUAAAACAAAAGCAAUGAAACUUCUGCUAAUCUAAAGUUUCUUUGCAUAAAUCCUUAUUGAUCUUUCACAAUGGUAAAUUGCUAAUUCAGUUCGAAAGUAAAUUGGAAGGGACAGCAUUUAUAAUUAUUUAUUGAUUUCUUCCCUCUCAGUCUUUGGAUUGUCUGUCUAUGGUUUAUUUACAUUGAGUUUGAUUGGUCAGGGAAUUUUGAAUAUUUAUGUUUGUUCAGUGCCCUACCCUUCCUUCACCUUUGUCUGAUAGAGCUGUAACUGUUGCUCCAUGAUGGUGCAUUUUAGCAGAGUGUUACAAUAUUGGCAAAUAGUUCCACUCUAGUGUAGUCUUGGCAAAUAAGUAUGGCAAGUAAAAUAUACCAUAUACUCUAGGAAUAAUCAUAGUUUAUUGAUAGAUAGUGUACUGAAUACACACAUACUUACUACAUAAACACUUUAAAUAGUUUUUAUUUAAUUAACAAUUAAAAUCUAAUCUCUAAAAUUCUGUGAUUAAAACUGUAAAAAGAUUCAUUUUGUCUCAAAGUUGUUAUAUUUUAUUUAUAAUGAAAGCAUUUUAAAAUCUUUCAAAAUUGCUGUUGAUCAUCUGGUGUUAAGUCUGCAUAUGGGUCUGUAUCACUGUCAUCCUCCUCAGUGUAUCUUCACAGUGAAUUCAUUCUUCCCAUCCAUUGCAUUUGAAAUGCUACACUAAAAAAUGAUUUUACAUUUUCUACAGAAAUGGCUUCAUAAAUUUUUUUUAUCAGGAAAAUCCCUUAAUUCACCCAUUGGUGGUACACAUAUAGUGCUACUGUUUGCAAAUGACAGUUCUUCCUCUACCAGCCAUUUAUUUCACUUCCCACAGAUAUUGUCCUCAAAGAAUGUAAGUGUAGAUGUUUGGUUAAGUUCUCUUUCUAACCACUGUGCAGCACCUUGACCUACUGUCCAUCAUACAUAGCCUUAGCGUGAUCAAUAUUUUGUGAGUGAAAUUAGUAAAUGGAAAAUAUGUGGAAACCUGUCAUAUAUAUAUAUAUUAAACACCAGUGAGAAAACCCAGAAACUGAUGUUCUUUGAACAAAGUCUCCUGUGAUAUUUUUUCAACACUACACUGUAGACACUCAUUUGAUAAGUCUGUUAGAAAGCUGUGACCAAUGAUGUCAUUAUUUGCAAUAUUGAAUACAUAAAUGACUUAUAUCAAGAAAUUGAACCACAGAUAUUACUUACCACAUUACCUCCCCAGCAUUAGUUCAGAUAUAGUAUUGUUUCAUUGAAGUUGCUUCUUGACAUUGUGUUAAAUGGUAUAAUGUUUUAAAACCAAUUAGUUGUUUUCCUUGCUUUGUCUGCCAGGUCACUUCCUCCUAUAUAUAUUGUCAAUUCAUAAACAUUUAUCAACUUCUGGAUAUGCAAAAAAAACCUGGACUUCCACUGUCCAGUAACAUCACAUAAAUGUUUAUGUACGUAAACUGAGUUUUGAGGUUUGCUGAAGGUCUAUUCAAUUUUAGUUUACUGUAGCAAUACCAAAUUAUAAUCAUGAAGCAAGAAUGUAGCUUUGUUGAUUGGUACUUUAAAAUUUUUGCUUUCAUCUAUGUCUUAAAAUAGCUACAACUGUGAGUACCAACAAGAACAUUAAAUAUAGGUGAUUUAGUAAUUUAGCUUGUUGGCCAGUUCUGUGGUGGAAGGAGUUAAGUGAAUGACUAUUUCACUAGGUUGCAUGCUGUUGGUACACUGUACACUUGUAGAUUGUUUACAUCUCUGAUACAAAUGUCAGAUCAUAUUGUAGACUACUAAUAUAGACCAUAAUAUUAGUAUUCUGUGUAAACUGUAAAUUUAAAGAUGAAAAGUGUUUGCUACUGAAGUACAACAAAGUUCUUACUAAUAACUUUUGGUGUGGUGCUGAAGAUCUUUUAGGUUAUUCUUUGCAGUAUGUACUCUUAGAUACUGGUACUUAUGGUAUCAAUAACUGUUUUGUUAUGAAAAGUGUAGUUCUGUUUCUAACCCUGGUGGUGUAUAAUGUAAGGAAUAGAUGAAUUAUAUCAGUCAGUUGGCAGCAAGUAUGCACUGAAAAAGUUUAAAGUUUGCUCUAAGUUUUAGAACAAUAGCCUUUAUUUGGAUUUUAGUACUGGCACAUUCUAUGUGUGUCUAGGACCAGGCUGGCUUAUUUAAUGAGAAUAGGCUUAUGUGCCGUGAUUUAUGGUGUGCACAUAGAAAGGUAAGCAUUAGUUAGAGAAUUUGCAUGUCAUAUUUAUGUUAAAAGAUUUAAUACUACUGUUCUUGAGUGGUGUGUGUCCAUAUGAAACAGAAAGUAACGUAAGUCAAGUCUUUAUUAAACCAUACCACACUUUACAUUAUUUUCAAAUAUAAUUUAUUCAUUUAUUAUUGAAACAUUGCAAUAAAAUAUCAAGAACCACA